GCUGACGCGGAGGUCUCCGCGGCUGCUGCGGCAGCGACAGGAAGUGAAGCGGCCCGGACGGGUGACCGCAGCGGCAGAAGGAGGCAGAGGGCCCCUGUGGCGACAUCGUCGACGGGGUUGGCCGAGGGGGCUGAGCACCUAGGGGACUCGCCGGCUCGGAGCCGGAUCCCAAGCCGGGCAGGAUGGAUCAUCUCCAGCCCGGGACUGGCCGCUACCAGGUGCUUCACAAUGAAGAGGAUAAUACAGAAUCAUCUGCUGUGGAGCAACCAUCAACUUCACACCCAAUACCACAGACCAUGCUGAUUGCUCCUUCAGCAUCAGUACUUGAAACUGACUCUUCUCCUCCACCUUAUAGUAGUAUUACUGUGGAAGUACCUACAACUUCAGAUACAGAAGUUUACAGUGAGUUUUAUCCUGUGCCGCCUCCCUACAGUGUUGCCACCUCCCUCCCUUCAUAUGAUGAAGCCGAGAAGGCGAAAGCAGCUGCGAUGGCAGCCGCAGCCGCAGAGACAUCUCAGAGAAUUCAGGAGGAAGAGUGUUCACCAAGAGAUGAUUUUAGUGAUGCAGACCAGCUCAGAGUGGGUAAUGAUGGGAUUUUCAUGCUGGCGUUUUUCAUGGCAUUUAUUUUCAACUGGCUUGGAUUUUGUCUGUCCUUCUGUAUCACCAAUACCAUAGCUGGAAGGUAUGGUGCCAUCUGUGGAUUUGGCCUUUCAUUGAUCAAAUGGAUCCUUAUUGUCAGGUUUUCUGAUUAUUUUACUGGAUAUUUCAAUGGACAGUAUUGGCUUUGGUGGAUAUUUCUUGUACUUGGCCUGCUCCUUUUCUUCAGGGGAUUUGUUAAUUAUCUGAAAGUCAGAAACAUGUCUGAAAGUAUGGCAGCUGCUCAUAGAACAAGAUAUUUCUUCUUAUUAUAGAGACUGCAUCAACCAGACAUUCCUUUCUUACAUCAGUGUGAAAUUUCCAGAUCAUCUUGUAAACCUACAACUUUAAUAGGAUAGAAGACUACUAAAUAACAGAAGACAAAUUAGUUAAAAGAUAGAGCUUCAAAAUUGAAUGACAGGAUGGUUUAUGCUUAAAAGCCAUUUCUGUUCAUUCUCUUAAAUAUUUAUAUUUCAUUUGUUUUGUGCUGUUGCAUAUGUGCCCUUUCAAAGAUCUGCAUAUACUUGAAAGACACCAUAAAGUUGUAGCAGUAAAGUCCAGUCACAUUUUGUUAAUCAGUGUUUGAUGUAAUUCAAAGAGUUGAGUGAUAAACAGUCUUCUAGCAUGUAAAUGCCAUUGACUUCUGACCUGACUUUAGUAUAAUAAAAAUGAAAUUAUUAACCAUGUCAAA